AUGAUGACAACCAACAUCCCCGAGAUUCUCCUGCUCUGCAUGGACAAGGACUUCAUAACAGCCUUCAAUGAUGCCCUCGAAAAGAGUUGGCCAGAUCACGACCCAGCAAAACUAAAGAUCUCCCCGAUACACGAGCGCCUUAACUCCCUCCCAGAAGGAACAACAUUCGACCUAAUCGUCUCACCAGCAAACUCCUACGCCCGUCUCGAUGGAGCCUUCGACCACGCCAUCUCUAUGACCUUCAGCCCACGCAAGGACUACAACGCUCUGACACGCGCAGCACAGACAGUCCUGUAUGAGAAAUGGCGUGGUUUUGCACCGCCAGGCUCUUGUACACUUGUCGAGUUCCCAGAUGACCUGAAUCAAAAUAGAUAUGACUGCGGAUGGGUGGCUAUUUGUCCGACGAUGCGUGAGCCCGCAGAUGUCCGCUGGGACAAAGAGAUUGUCUAUGAGUGUAUUUGGAGCUUGUUAUGUCAGGUUGAGGGAUACAAUCGUGCUGCAGAGGGGAAAGGGAGGAUUGAGAGGAUUCUGAUGACGCCGUUGGCUGUUGGGGUUGGGAAGGUUAGUAAGGAGCGAUGGGCGAUGCAGACGGUCCUUGCACUGAGGCAGUUUGUUGAUGCCGUUGAGAGGCCUGCAAGGUGGAGACACUUGGAGUGGAAGGAUAUUGACAAGGAUUAUACCGAGGUUGUGAGGAGUUGGGCGUUGUAA